AUGUCUUCGGGCGCAAAUCAGAACACAAACCCUAGCUCAAUGCAGGGUUCGUCGGCCUCGCAGAUCGUCUCCACCCUCGUUCCCGUCCUCGCGGUCGCUGCUGUCUACUUCAGCGUCUUCUUGUGCUUCCGCGUCAAGUUCGCUCGCAUCUACCGCCCGCGAACGUUCGUAAGCACCGUCAAUCCUCAAGAUCGCACGCCCGGGGUCUCGAGCAGCCUCUUCGGCUGGAUCAAACAGUUCUACGCCAUCCCCGACUCCUACGUCCUCAACCACCACUCUCUCGAUGGCUUCCUCUUCCUUCGCUUCCUCAAGAUGUCCGUCAUCGCCUGCAUCGUCGGCUGCGUCAUCACUUGGCCCGUCCUCUUCCCCGUCCACGCCACGGGCGGCAAUGGCCUGACCCAGUUCAACAUCCUCACCAUGGCCAACGUCAAGAAUAAAUGGAGGUUCUGGGCCGACGCGGGCUGCGCAAUCCUCUUCUUCAGCUUCAUUCUGAUCAUGAUUACGCGCGAGUCCAUCUACUACAUCAAUAUCCGUCAGGCAUACCUGUUGUCCCCGCUCUACGCUGAGCGCCUCUCGUCCCGCACAGUCCUCUACUGCUCGGUCCCCGAAGAGUACAUGCACGCUGGAACGCUCAAGGCCAUGCUGGGCGAAGGCGUUCGCCGCAUUUGGUUUGCACGUGACUGCAAGGAUCUGGAAGACAAGGUCGACCGGCGCGACAAGGCCGCUUACAAACUCGAGGGCGCCGAGACCGCGCUCAUCAAGACCGCCAAUGGAAAGCGUCUCAAGGCGGAGAAGAAGGGUGCUGCCGGAGCCACCGAGGAGGGUGCGGAUGCAACACGCUGGCUCGACCAAAAGGACCGCCCAACCCAUCGCCUGAAGAUGCUCAUUGGCAAGAAAGUGGACACCAUCGAUUGGUGCCGCAACGAGCUCAAGCAACUCAUCCCCGAAGUCGACAGGAUGCAGGCAGAAGAGAAGGCCGGCAACUGCAAGAUGCUGAACUCCGUCUUUGUCGAGUUUGAAACACUCUCCGAGGCCCAGGCGGCAUUCCAGAGUCUUACUCACCACCAGGCCCUGCACAUGUCUCCUCGCUUCACCGGCAUGACUCCACCGGAGGUUCUCUGGGACAAUCUCGGCAUCAAGUGGCACUCGCGUGUUGUCCGCGGCUUCGCCACCACGGCCAUCGUCGUCCUCCUCAUCAUCUUCUGGUCCAUUCCCGUCGCAUUCGUCGGCGCCAUCUCCAACGUCAACUACCUCAUCAAGGUCAUCCCGGCAUUCAAAUUCAUCAACAGCAUCCCCACGGUCGUGCUCGGUGUGGUCACUGGCCUUCUCCCCGUCAUCCUGCUCGCCGUCCUCAUGGCCGUCCUUCCCAUGUUCUUGCGAUGGAUGGCCAAGGUGAGCGGCUGCCCGACGCGGAGCGCAGUCGAGCUGAAGACGCAAAACUACUACUUCGGCUUCUACGUCGUGCAAGUCUUCCUCGUCACCACCAUCGGUUCCGCAGCCUCUUCCGUGGUGGGUAACAUCAUUAAGAACCCCGCCAGUGCCGCAACCCUCCUUGCAGCAGACCUGCCCAAAGCAAGCAACUUCUACCUCUGCUACUUCAUCCUACAAGGCCUGGCGUUUGUCGGUUCGGGAUUGGCUAACGUUGUCGGCCUGGCUCUGUUCCUUGUCCUCGGCAAGAUUCUCGACAAGACGCCGCGCAAGAUGUAUAAACGGUGGAUCAAUUUGACCAGUCUGGGCUUUGGCACGGUCACCGCUGACAACCGCUACAGCUUCCCCGUCUACACGACCUUGUUCGUCAUUGGCAUCUGUUACGCAGUCAUUGCUCCUCUCGUCCUCGGCUUCGCGGCCAUUGGCCUCUACCUCUUCUACUUUGCCUACCGCUACAACCUGCUCUUUGUCGGCAACCAGGCAAUCGACACCAAAGGCCUCAUCUACCCCCGCGCGCUGCAACAGCUCUUCGUCGGUCUCUACCUCGCCGAAGUCUGCCUCAUCGCCCUCUUCGCCAUCGGCGUCGGCUCCAGCGUCGGCGCCAUCGGGCCCCUCAUCCUCAUGAUCCUCUUCACCAUCUUCACCGCCCUCUACCAACUCUCGCUCAACAGCGCCCUGGACCCGCACCUCAAGUACCUCCCCAAAUCCAUGGAUGCGGAAGAGCGCCGCCUGCUAGCCGAAGAGCGCGGCGAGCACCUCGACACCGACAUGGAAGCCGGCAACGGCAACGGCCACGGCGAGAAGAACAACGGCGCCGGCACAAACGGCACAAACGGCACAAAAGAAGCCGUCGCCGCCUCCGCCGCCCCCGCCACCGCCGCCCCGCACAAGAAACCAAACAUGCUCACCAAGUUCCUCAAACCCCACAUCUACUGCGACUACGCGACCAUGCGCCGCCUCGUGCCCAAGGAAAUCGCACCCGGCUACGACGCCGAAGUCGAGGAGGAAGCCUACUUCAACCCGGCCAUUACGGAGCGCAUGCCGCUGCUGUGGAUCCCGCGGGACCCGAUGGGCCUGUCGCGCAAGGAGGUCGCGGACACGGGCGCCGUGGCGCCCAUCACGGACGAGGGCGCCUUCCUCGACGAGAAGAAUAAGGUGGUGUGGGAUGCGGAGGAUGGGCGGCCGCCGAUUUACCAGGAGAAGAUUGAUUACUGA